CUCCGUCUCUGUCUUUCUGUCAGACUGUCACUACUCUAAAACCCUAAAGCACUUCCUCACAUGGCGAUUUCGGGUAUAGGCUUCUCUUGCAAAACCCAUUUCCCUCUCCGUCCUAUCUUUCCCUCCCUCCGUUUUCUCAAGCUUCGACUUAGUUCGGUGGCUGCAGUUGAGGCAGUUGAGGAGCCAGAGUGUGUUACUCCUUUCAAUUCAGUUCAUGGAAAAUGCAAUGGAGGGGAUCAAAAGGCGCUGGAGUGGAAGAGGUUGAAUUCCAAAGAGCUUGGAAUUAGUACUUCGAUGAUUACAAAGCCGACAAGAAAGGUUCUGAAUGGACUGAAGAGAAAGGGAUAUGAUGUUUACCUUGUUGGAGGUUGUGUACGGGAUCUUAUCUUACAGCGAACACCAAAGGAUUUUGAUAUAAUAACUUCAGCUGAACUUAAAGAGGUUAUGAGAACAUUUUCAUGGUGUGAAAUAGUUGGCAAACGGUUUCCUAUAUGCCAUGUGCACGUUGAAGAUACCAUUGUGGAGGUUUCGAGUUUUAGCACAUCUGGACGAAAGUUUGAUAGGGACUUGAGUGAUGAUUAUGAAAGACCUGUUGGUUGUGAUGAGAAGGAUUAUAUUCGUUGGAAGAAUUGUUUGCAGCGGGACUUCACAAUUAACGGGUUGAUGUUUGAUCCAUAUGCGAGAAUAGUAUAUGACUACAUAGGAGGCAUGGAAGAUCUUAGAAAAUCUAAAGUGCAAACUGUGAUUCCUGCAAGUACUUCCUUUCUAGAGGAUUGUGCUCGCAUUCUGCGUGCAAUAAGAGUCGCUGCCCGUUUAGGAUUUCGUUUUUCAAGGGAGACAGCUCAAUUUGUUAAAAAUUUAUCUUGCUCAGUAAUAAGACUUGAUAAGGCUAGGCUACUGAUGGAAAUGAACUACAUGCUUGCAUAUGGAUCUGCUGAAGCUUCUUUGAGGUUAUUAUGGAAAUUCGGACUCUUAGAAAUACUUCUACCCAUUCAGGCAGCUUACUUUGUUCGCCAUGGUUUCCGAAGGCGUGACAAGAGGUCUAACAUGCUUUUGUCUCUGUUUUCUAAUUUGGAUAAACUUCUGGCACCUGACCGCCCAUGCCACAGUAGUUUAUGGGUUGGGAUCUUAGCAUUCCAUACAGCACUGUCUGAGUUUCCUAGGGAUCCUAUGGUGGUUGCUGCAUUUAGCCUUGCAGUCCACAAUGGUGGAGAUAUAUCGGAAGCAAUAAACAUAGCUAAGAAGAUCACUGCACCACAUGAUGUUAGCUUUCAUGAACUAUCAGAACCACAGAUUCUGGACUCUCGGGCAAUGACACAUGAGGUUAUGAAUCUUGCAGCAUCUGUUAAAAGCGCACUCUGUAAGAUGACUGAUGAGCAUUUUAUAUCUCAGGCAAUGUCAGGGUACCCUCAAGCACCUUAUUCAGACAUGGUAUUUAUUCCAUUGGGAUUAUAUUUAAGGGUGUGCAGGAUCUUUGAGUGUGUGAGAGACGGUGCUGAGAAGGGUUUUGUGGCAAAGCAAGGCAGCAAGAUUGACUAUGAGUCCUUGGCUCUUGGAGGGAUGCAAGAAGUACGGCAUAUUUUUGCAAGAAUUGUAUUUGAUACAGUGUACCCACUUAGACUGAAUCAAGAACAUGGUAAUUUAUAAAUAUUAAAUUAUAGAAAAAAAAAAAAAGCAUUCUUUUUCAAAGUGGCCUACCUAAUUAUCCAUUGUUAA